CUUUACUUGACACAGUCCAGCCUGCUGCUUUCAUUGCAUUUGUAUUUGAGGCAACACAGGAUACGAGCUCACAGGCUCAAUCCUAUCUCGAGCUGGAGUCGCAGUGAGGAAACGGAAUGUCAGGGAAGGAAGUGCUGAAGGUGGUGGGAAAGCACAACUCGAUCCAUGUCUUCAGAGCAGUUGUCUAACCCACUUCUCUUACACUUAGGCAGAAGUUUAGAAUUGUAAAACCUGGAAAAAGGAACUAAAAGCAUCCCUGGAUAGCGCCUUUGAGAUCUGGACGUUCAGACGGUGAAAGCAUUGAUCAAGAGGAAAUAUCUGCUGUACUUUUUGGCGACUACUGUACACCGUUGAACUGCAAGAGUGCUGAUAAUCAGGGGUUACCCCUCGAAUAAGAAGAGACAAUGAGUCUUUCACAGAGUGGGACGCUGGAGAAGAAGCUGUCUGAACAAGCCCACUCAGAAGCACGCUCCCCCUCCAGAGCAGGGUCAGGGGUCGUGGUGCCGCCUCCUUACUCCAUGGGUGGCAGCGAGGCAGUGGAGCCCCCACUGGAGCUGAGAGGCUCUCUGGACUGCUGGGCUUGCUCUGUGCUGGUCACUGCACAGAAUUUGGUCAUCGCUUUGAUCAACGGUGGGCUGGCAAGCAUCGUGUUUGGUGUCAUCCUCACCCCCGCUCUAGCCAUGAUCAUAUUUGGCUUCCUCUGCCAUUCCACAGUGCAGCCCCAUGGAACAUCUGUUUACUGCUCCGAUGUGCUAGACGACACCGGUUGUGUGGCUCUGCUGGUGGUGGGGUUCCUGCUUCUGACCCCUCUGCUGGUCCUGGCACUCGCUGCCUACUGUCGCUUGGUGCGACACCUCCAGCUGGGCCUCUGUUUUAUUCCCUAUAGCCGUGCUGUCUACAAGAACCUGCCUACUUCUCAGCAGCGAGUGCCCAGCUCAGCAAGCUGCUGCAGCCAGCCGAAGGUGAAGGAGCAUGAGGAGAAGGGAAGCGUUUGGGUGUAGGAGUCUAUGGUUUGAUAUGUAGUGCAGCUUUUUGUUUCAAGCAAACCAGUUAUAGAAUGCUCAAUGAAAACAUAUUUGUCAAUGUCCAAUGCGUUUUCUUACCUUUAUUGAUUGUUUUGAAUUAUUGAAUUGCAGUUGUUUGUAUCGUGUCACUGUGGCUUAUUUGUUACAGUUUCUGUUUAUAAAAAGUGUUUUAUACCUAUUUUUGACAAUAAAGUAGCAAUUUACAUACAUAUUUGUGUUUACACUGAAAGUGAGCAUGAAGGCCUACAGAGACCUUUUAUUGGACAAAGGUAUUUUUAUUAAAUCUGUUUAAGAUCACAUAGUCUAAAUGUUCAAUCCCCGCCUGGUUCAAUAGUCAUUUUGUUUAAACUGGACAUCCUGAAUCUGCUAAAAACCUGGAAGCUCACUUAGAUUUUUCUUAAUAAAACUUACAUAUACGAUGAAAUAUUGGGGUGAAAUACUACAGAUAUGAUAAAACACAAUAUCAUGCUUUUAGAUAUGACAUAUUCCCACAUAAUAUAAAACACACCUCAAACACGACUCCCAGUUUAAUCUAUUUUGAGACCUUAUGUCAUAUGCAUUAUAAUAAGCCUGCAGAUGUUCAGUUCCAGAAUUCACUGGGACUCGAUUACCUGCCUCAGGUAUACUCGCAGGCAUAAAAAAGAUCAGAAAUAAAAAAUGAACCCUUAUGACACGUACACAACAUGGUGGUCAUGUUGACAUGAUUUUCUUUGUCUAUGGCUCUAUUACUUCAUCUAUAAUCAUGAUCCACAUUCUACAUAUAAUAUCUACAUACAUUAUCUAGAAUCAUUUUAGAGUUUUUUUCCCAGUGUUUCAAGAAAGAAUGUGUAUCUACAAUUGGAGUUUCACUGAUUUCUAAUAGUUUUCUUAUUCUGAAGUAAAAUAGUUUAAUUUGAAAUAAUCAGAGAAAGGAAGACACAAGAAAUAUAUUUAUUGGUAUAUAAAAAAUAAAAUAAAAGUCAUUCAUGGGUGUUCCAAUAUCUAAAUAUUGUAUCUUAUAGAAAUAGGUAAAACUUUUAAUUUAAUAUUUGUCAAAUAAAAAAAAUUAUAACAAUUUUAACUGUAACUGGGUAAUACAUUUUAGUCCUAAAUUAUAACACCUUUGUAAUGAUCAAACUUUGUUCAGAAAACCAUGUAUUAUGUGAAUAUAAUAGUGUUUAAAUAUCCAGCUGCUGUUUGUAUUAUCAUUUAAAUUCAUCCUAUGAAGGGAAAAUAAAAGUAAUAACAAUUA